GGGCGGAUCCGGGCGGAGAUCCGGUGGCGUGGGCUGUAACAUCUGAAGUCGUUACGCUGCCGCUUCCCCUGUCCUUCUCCUGGCGCAGAAAUGGUUGUCCUGGUUACGGGUCCUAACGGUCCCCCGCCUGAGAUUUCUUUUUGAGGGUCUGUAACCCGAGCUGCUCUUUAGAGGCUCCUUCAGCAUCUUACAGUGGCGGCUGAUCAUUCUUCGACGUGGAGUAAUUGAAGCUUUCGAGGUAGCUCUUGGCUGUCCCUUCCCAUACCGCGUGGGGCAAGGAAUCCUAUGCCGUGUGGAUAGUCUCAGUCUCUGACCCUUUGUAACCCAGAAAAUUGAAAUAGAAUUGGAGAAGAAAAUUGAACCAUAAUAAUAAUGUCUCGAAAAAUUGCCAAGGCAUCAAAAAAAAUGAACGUCUCUAGCUCCCUGGAAUCCGAAGAUAUUAGUUUAGAAACAACAGUUCCUACAGAUGACAUUUCCUCAUCAGAAGAGCGAGAUGGUAAAAUUAAAAUCACCAGGCAACUAAUUGAACGUAAAGAACUACUUCAUAAUAUUCAGUUACUGAAAAUAGAGCUAUCCCAGAAAAAUAUGAUGAUUGACAAUUUGAAAGUAGAUUAUCUUACAAAGAUUGAAGAAUUGGAGGAGAAACUUAAUGAUGCACUUCACCAGAAGCAGCUCCUGACAUUGAGAUUAGACAACCAAUUGACUUUUCAGCAAAAGGAUACCAGGAAAUAUCAAGAACUAAUGAAACAAGAAAUGGAAACUAUUUUAUUGAGACAGAAACAACUAGAAGAAACAAAUCUUCAGCUAAGAGAGAAAGCUGGAGAUAUUCGUCGAAAUCUGCGUGACUUUGAGUUGACAGAAGAGCAAUAUAUGAAACUCAAAAGUUUUCCCGAAGAUCAGCUUUCUAUUCCUGAAUAUGUAUCUAUUCGAUUCUACGAACUAGUGGAUCCAUUAAAAAAGGAAAUCUGUGAACUACAAGUUAAAAAGAAUAACCUAGCAGAAGAAUUAAGUGAAAACAAAAGCCAACUGAAACAACUGACAGAGACUUAUGAGGAAGAUCGAAGAAACUACUCUGAGCUUCAAAUUAGAUGUCAACGUUUGGCCUUAGAAUUAGCAGACACAAAACAGUUAAUUCAGCAAGGUGACUACCGCCAGGAGAACUAUGAUAAAGUCAAAAGUGAACGUGAUGCACUUGAACAGGAAAUAAUGGAGUUAAGAAGAAAACAUGAAAUACUUGAAGUCUCUCACAUAAAUCAAGCUAAAGAAAGAAAUGAAUUAUCAAAAGAGGUAGCCAACUUAGAGCAGACUGUUACUUUACUACAAAAGGAUAAAGAAUAUCUCAAUCGCCAAAACAUGGAGCUUAGUGUUCGCUGUGCCCACGAAGAGGAUCGCCUUGAAAGACUUCAGGCUCAACUUGAGGAAGCCAAAAAGGCUAGAGAAGAGAUGUAUGAAAAAUAUGUAGCAUCCAGAGACCAUUAUAAAACAGAAUAUGAAAAUAAACUAUAUAAUGAACUGGAACAAAUCAAAUUGAAAACUAAUCAAGAAAUUGAUCAACUUCGAAGUGCCUCUAGGGAAAUGUAUGAACGAGAAAACAGAAAUCUCCGAGAAGCAAGGGAUAAUGCUGUGGCUGAAAAGGACCGGGCAGUGAUGGCUGAAAAGGAUGCUUUAGAAAAACAUAAUCAGCUCUUAGACAGGUACAGAGAACUACAACUUAGUACAGAAAGCAAAAUAUCAGAAUUUCUCCAUCAAAGUAAAUUAAAAUCUUUUGAAAGUGAGCGUGUUCAACUUAUACAAGAGGAAACUGCAAGAAAUCUCACACAGUGUCAGUUGGAAUGUGAAAAAUAUCAGAAAAAAUUGGAGGUUUUAACUAAAGAAUUUUAUAGUCUCCAAGCCUCUUCUGAAAAACGCAUUACUGAACUUCAAGCACAGAACUCUGAGCAUCAGGCAAGGUUGGACAUUUAUGAGAAAUUGGAAAAAGAGCUUGAUGAAAUAAUAAUGCAAACUGCAGAAAUUGAAAAUGAAGUUGAGGCUGAAAGGGUUCUUUUUUCCUAUGGCUAUGGUGCUAAUGUUCCCACAACAGCCAAAAGACGACUAAAACAAAGUGUCCACUUGGCAAGAAGAGUGCUUCAGUUAGAAAAACAAAACUCAUCGGUUUUAAAAGACCUGGAACAUCAAAAGGACCAAGUAACACAGCUUUCACAAGAGCUUGACAGGGCCAAUUCUCUGUUAAACCAAACCCAACAACCUUACAGUUAUCUCAUUGAAUCAGUGCGUCAGAGAGAUUCUAAGAUUGAUUCACUAAAGGACUGUAUCACACAACUUGAGAAAGAUGUCAGCAAUUUAAAUAAAGAAAAGUCAGCUUUACUACAGAUGAAGAAUCAAAUGGCAUUAGAUUUAGAACAACUCUUAAAUCAUCGUGAGGAAUUGGCAGCAAUGAAACAGAUUGUCACUAAUAUGCGCAAUAAACGUUCUGAGGACACAUUACUUCUUACUAAAACGGAAUCAAAAAAUAUGACGGAAAAUCAGAAAUCAAAGACUUUGAAUGUGCCUACAGAACGUGAAGACAAUAUAUUUAUACCCAAACCAACACUCUUUACCAAAAAAGAAGCACCUGAGUGGUCUAAGAAACAAAAGAUGAAGACCUAGUGUUUUGGAUGGAUUUGCUGUGUCAUUAUUUACUCUUGAAGUUCUUUUUCUGGUGAACAAAAAGUUUAUCUGAAUCAUGUGCUUGGCAUUUUUAAAAUAACUAAUUUAAAAUUUAUUUUAACUGAAUGUUAAAUUAACAGAUUUCAGCAUAAUCAAAUGUAUAAAAGUACAAACAACAGUAUAUCGGUUUUGGUUUAUCUGUUUUGUUACAAAAAUAAAUAUAUACUCUAUGACUUAAA